CACCGCCCCCACUUUCACCUGGAACCUAACGAAUUUUCUGUUCCUCCCUCGACUUCCAGUUCCACUGUAGAUAGAGGCAAAUCUUGCUCAGCUCCACCGUCACUUUGGCGCCAUUGAAGACCCAUCUCUUCUCUGUCCACUGAUCAGAGAUACUGGAUGAUAAGUUUGGCAUCGAGACGGUCACGAGAUUGACUGAAGAUAGAAGACUAGAAGCAGAGUUGUCAUGUGGACUUCUCUGACCAGCAACAGCUUUCGCAUUUUGCGCUACUGCUAUAUCUUUUGUCCGCACUUCCCAGCGAAGCCUACUACCUCCCUCAUUAGACGUCGUGGGCUAGGUCUCAUGGAUGUCCCAAACAACCCUAGCAACCAUGGAAAGAGCUCAUCUUUCUCUGCGUUUGCUCAUUCCACAAGAAGUGGUGGUAGAGGAAGAGGUGGAGAUUUGAAAAGUGACCGUGAAAGAUCAAGAGGCCAUGGUGGUGCUUCUGGCAAAGAUAGGAUCGAUGCUCUUGGGAGACUCUUGACACGCAUUUUGCGCCAUAUGGCCACUGAGCUGAACUUGAAUAUGAGGAGUGAUGGGUAUGUCAAAGUUCAAGAAUUACUCCAGCUGAACAUUAAAACAUUCGCCAAUGUUCCAUUGAGGGCACACACUGUUGAUGAGAUUAAGGAGGCUGUUAGGAGGGAUAAUAAACAGCGGUUCAGUCUUCUUGAGGAAGCUGGAGAGCUUCUGAUACGUGCAAAUCAAGGACAUACAGUUAAGGCAGUUGAAACAGAAAACUUACUUAAGCCAAUCCUCUCAGCUGAAGAAGUUCCAGUGUGUGUCCAUGGAACUUAUAAGAAGAACCUAAAAUUGAUACUGGAGACUGGUUUAAACCGCAUGCAGAGAUUGCACGUGCACUUCUCGAGAGGCUUGCCCACAGAUGGGGAAGUAAUAAGUGGUCAGAUUUCGAUCUAUUUGUUUAAACAGCAUGAGACGGGAUGUCAACGUCCUGAUCUUCCUUGGCGUGAGAAAAGCACUUGAAGAUGGAAUGAAACUUUACGUCUCAGACAAUCAGGUCAUAUUGACAGAAGGUUUCGAAGGAGUAGUGCCGGUGAAGUACUUCGAGAAGAUACUGUCUUGGCCCGAUAAACAAGUUAUUCCUUUCUGAAAUUUUGAUAUUUAACUGUCAACUGUGACGCUUUGCGCUUCUUUCCCACUGACUUAAAAGUGGGGAAGGAUUCCGCAAAGAGGAUGGCAUCUCAUCGCCACGCUUGAAGAUGUGGAGCUUUGUACAGAAAGAGAGAUUGUGGAGAUGCCGGUCCGUCUCUUGAAAUGUUUCUAAUGGACCCAUCAAAUGCCCGAGGAUACGUAAUAUAUAGAUUUUGUACUGCUUUUAUCUUUCAAAUAGAGUAGAACAUGCUACGCAGAGAUGCCUGCUUCCAGCAUCUUUUGGUAGAUGCCACUAUGAAAGGUUUCUCUUUCUGUAAUUGGUGGGUUAAGCUGAAAAGAAAUCAUUCUUUAACCGAUCGAAA